GACGUUCCGGCCGCGGACUCUCCUCCCCAGCGCGCCGUUUCCCCCUUCUUGCCUUGCAAGCCCGGCGAGAGAGCCCGGUUCGCCGCUGCCCAACCAUGCAUUUGCCGUGCGCCGUCGGCAACCACCUACUACCCCACCACCACCACCCCGGCCAGCAGCAGCAGCCGCGGGAGACUGUGAUACCGGCUCCCAUCUCGUCCACGUGUGUCACCCGAGACAGAGGCGGCGUGAUGACGACGUCGUCUUCGGCGGCGACGACGACUACGGACCUGGCCUCGAUGCUCCCGGGCGAGCGGGCCCUGACGCAGGUGCUCGCCGAGCACCCCGGAGAACUGAUGCGAACCGGCAGCCCCAACGUGGUGUGCUCGGUGCUGCCCAGCCACUGGCGCUCCAACAAGACGCUGCCCAUGUCGUUCCGCGUGCUGGCGCUCGGUGGCGACGUCUGCGACGGCACGCUGGUGACGCUCAGGGCGGGCAACGACGAGAACUACUGCGGGGAGCUGCGCAACGCCUCCGCCGUCAUGAAAAACCAGGUGGCCAAGUUCAACGACCUGCGAUUCGUCGGCAGAAGCGGGCGAGGCAAGAGUUUCACCUUGACCAUCACCCUAAGCACCAAUCCCCCCCAGGUGGCCACGUAUGCCAAGGCCAUCAAGGUCACCGUCGACGGACCCCGGGAGCCAAGACGCCAACAGCAGCAGUUCCGCGCGUUCGCCACCGCGUUUGGCCAGCGGCCCCCUUUCCUGGACCCUCUGCGGGAGUGGGACCACCUGCGUCGCAAGACGGCCGAGCAGUGGGCGCUGGACAUACCCCGGAGGAUACCCGGCGCUGGAUCGCACCACGAGCUGGCGCAGGCAGCGCUGCAGCAACUGAGCGCCGCCGACGCUCACUGGGGCGCGGCUUACCCUCACUACAACCCGUACCUCGCUCCGGCCACGGCCACCGGAGGCUUCAGCACUGCGCCCGUGCCGGUCAGCUACUCGCUGGACGCCAGCGCCGCGGUGGCCACUUCGCUCGCGGCCAACGUCUCCUCCUUGGCUGCCGUCGCAGCGUCCGACAACGUUGCGGGGCUAUCUCUGCACAACACGCUCCUGGACAGCAGCCACUCUCCGGCGAGCCUCGCCUCCUGUCCCGUGGAUUCGAUCGGCAGCCACUCGGGGGCCGCGGCCGUGCCGUCCACGCUCCUAGGCACAGCCUCGACGCCUUCCUCCGACUCGCCGCUCUCCAGCACGCGGUCGCUGACGCUCGACGUCAACGCCCUGUCCGGAGGCAACGCGCUGCAGAGCCAACACUCGGACUCGCUCCUCACGCCGCCGCGCGUCAACAAGUCGCCGCCGUCCCUGCUCCUGGGUAGCAGCAACGGCAACGGAGGAGGCGGCGGCAGCUCGAGCUCGUCGCCUUCGUCUUCGAGCCUCGACUUCCUGCCCAAUCCAGCCAACUACGGCGGGUUCCUGCCCACGCACUCCUACUACGGUAGCAACGGCACGUCGACGGGGACGUCGACGACCACGACGCAGCCGCACACGACCACGGGCGUCUACCUGAGCCCGCCGGUGAUGCCACCGUCGCUGCUCUACCCGCAGCUGUACGGAUCCAUGUCCCACCCGUCCUUCCAGUUCCUGGGCAACGACCUGAAGUGUGUCAUCGACGCGGCAGGGCUCGGUACAACGACGACGACGCAGCAGACGCAACAGCAGAGGCCGGACAACGCGCUCGUUCACGCGGACGCGGCAAGCAUCAGGGCGCAGCAACACCAGCUGCAGUCACUGGCGCCGCAACAGCAGCAGCCGCAACACGCGACAGACGAUGUCGUCGUGCCACAGACCCCGUCGCUCGCAGGAUCGGUGCUGGAUUCGUUACGGACGCCGGGAGACCACCACAGCGUUUGGAGGCCGUACUGAACACGCCCGAGCCGUACUGAUGAUGUCCGUGUGUGCAUGAGAGCACGCGUCGAACGUUAUUUAUUUUUGGAACUGUGAGUGCUGCGGUAACGUAGGCCCGCGUUCAGUGGUCACAAGGCAACGACUAAUUCACCGUCGAAGUGUCACGAUGCGGCCACUAGUGGUGCGAGGAACUGAGAGAACUCGUGCUUAGCCACAUGGAAUGCAGUGAGCCCCUACAAAGGCCACGGUCCUCGCGCACUGGUCACUAGGCAAACGCGACCCAAGUUGAGGCUCUUCUCGACAAGAUGUCGUCACGAACGCUAUGCGCCAUUGCGAGCUUAUGAGCUAAGAAGCGGACAAGGGACCUUCUGUGACCAAGGAAUCGCUGUAUUGUCAGCAAACAUGCGCGCAUAGUGCAGGGGAUGGUGAACGAAUAGAACGUCGUGCAAAGGGCUCCUGAACCAUCCUUACUAUCAAUAAUGCACAACCACGAAAUACGGUUACAUGUGCUUGGACACCUCGACCGCUUACGUCGUGCUCCAAAAUGUUUGUGCUCCCUUGGCACCUUCUGCAAGAGAAAACACAGAAAAGCAUUCUAUCGUAACGUCAGUGUAAGGUGUCCACGUUUCGACCUGGUGUACUAGUAGUCUGCGAAAAACCCAAUAGUCGCAGAGCUGGACCUUCGCGUAUAAAACGCACCUCUUCUCAGAAGAUCCGCCCGCGCCCAAGUUGAUCUAUCGAAACCGAAAUGUUCAACAACGUUGUGUCGAGUCAUCCUGAGUCAAACUGUGCUGUACAUAGUAUGUUCACCUCAAUCCAAAGACUUGCGUAUCUGUCAUGUAGCAUCCCACCCCCGAAGGAAAUACUGACAUGCAAUAAAACAGACCACGUCUGCCACUGUUAUGUGUUGUCGGCG